AUGGCCUCCCUUACAGGUCUGAAUGAUGGUUCUGGCUGUUCACAGUCCAGCCUGACUGAAGUAAUACAAAAUCUUGCAGCCACUAAAUCCUUCAAAGUCAACCAAUCGCAAAAUAUUCUCUAUAUGGCGAUUGAGACAAUAAAGGAACUGGCUCCUUCCCUGCUGGAUGUAAAGAACUUAUCCCUUACCGAUGGCGAACCCAAGGCCAUUGACCAAGAGCUGUUUAAACUCUCAUCCCUGGAUCCUCCCCACGCGGCCUUGGUGAAUAAAUUCUGGCAUUUCGGUGGCAAUGAGAGGAGCCAGAGAUUCAUCGAGCGCUGCAUCCGGAGCUUCCCCACCUUCUGCCUGCUGGGGCCCGAGGGGACCCCUGUGUCCUGGUCCCUGAUGGACCAGACGGGAGAGAUGCGGAUGGGAGGCACCAUACCUGAGUAUCGGGCCCAUGGUCUCGUCACCUACGUUAUCCAUUGCCAAUCCCAGGCUCUGAUCAAACAUGGCUUUCCCGUAUAUUCUCAUGUAGACAAGAAAAACAAAAUUAUGCAGAAAAUGAGUCACAGUCUGAAUCACAUCCCUGUGCCCUGUGACUGGAACCAAUGGAACUGUGUACCACUGUGAAGCAGCCCUGACCCGAAGACAGUGUGGGAUGGGCCUGAGGAUGCGGCUGGAGGAGCCGAUGGGUAGGUGGAG